AUGCUUGUCAACCAAAUUUUAUACAUAGCUUUGGUCACUGCUGCAACUGCUGCCCCAGUCAUUGACCAAAGCCUCAAUAGCACCCAGUGGACUCCAGACCAUGUGCUCCAACCCGGAGAAGUCAUUAUUUUUGGAAAUGGCCGUAUGGAGGUUGUUCAUGAGGACAUCUAUCAUGGCCUGCUAUCUUUGCAGGAGCUCCCCCUCCACGCAUCCGAAAUCGACAAUGCUUCUCCGGACUACCACCCUGCCAAACACAACACUUCUGGAAUUUAUCACCGUGAUUCAUGCGACUUGACUACUGCAUUAAUUACUGAUAAAACUCAAACCUUCGUUGACUGGGAUGUCCAAAUGUCUCCCGUUGUGAUCGGCACUGGAAAUGGCAUUGAUGUGUCUGUCAGCUCCGGAUACAGCGUGAGCAAUGGUAUAACCGUCAGUGCUGGUCUGGACUUGAGUCUCAUCAAGGAAAAGUUGGGUGCUUCUGCGGGUAUUGACUACUCCCGCACAUGGACCACACAGACUGUUGUGACUGUAAAGGCAACAGUUCCAAAUGGUUACUCUGGCGUUAUGAUAACGAAGCCCAUCAAGACGCGCAAAACUGGUCGGGUUUUGAAAGGCUGCCUCGGCUCACAAACACAAGCGGGUACAUUUUCUGCUGAUUCAUACGAAGAUGGGUCAUAUUCGGGAGUCAAAUGGGUCUCCGGUGCAAUCACUUUGUGCUCGAAGAAAGAGUUUCCUCUCUCUCGUUGUUCAGGGAGUGGAAACUUUAUUUGA